AUGGCGAGGCUGGGCAACUACAUCGGCGGGUUCCCCCAGGCGGCGAUGGACCCUCUCCUGGACCUCAUGUUCCUCCCCUCGGGCCUCAACCUCAAUAUAGUGCGAUUCAAUAUAGGCGGCGGCUCGCUCCCGCAGUACAGCCCGCAGCUUCACUCGGACGCGCUGCUGCGCUGGCGGGCCAUGCCGGGGUACUGGCCGGCGCAGGCAGCGGGGUUCAACUGGACGGCGGAUUCGAGGCAGCAGGCGGUGCUGCUGGGAGCCAAGGCCCGCGGGGUGAACGUGUUCGAGGCGUUUUCCAACAGCCCGCCCUGGUGGAUGACCGCGAGCAAGGACGUCGCGGGCGGGAAGAAGGCUUUUCAGUCGAACUUGCUGUGGAAAUACGAGGGGUGGUUUGCGAGGUAUUUGGUGGAGGUGGUGGAAAGGUUUAAGACGGAUCCGGCUUUAGGGAAUAUCGAGUUCGAUACACUGGAGCCGUUUAAUGAGCCGUUGGAGGGUUACUGGAUAAAGGGGAUGGGGCAGGAGGGGUGUAACUUCAACGUUUCCGCAAUGAGCCGGAUCAUUUCCAAAACUGUGCGACUGCUGCGGAAGCAAAAUCUCAAGACGAAGCUGGUGGGUUUGGACAGUUACCCAGGCUUCACCGCUGUCUGGUUACCACUGCUCCAUGCGAAAGAUGAACUGCAACGUAUAAACAUUCACGGCGUCGUCGCAAUGCAGUCACUCACAACAGCACCGCAUCCCACCACACUCCACCGCGGUUCCCGCCUCCUAUACCCCGUUCCCCACACUCCCCUCCCCAUCUGUCCCUCCUCCCCAUGGACCCCCCCUUCUCCUCUCUGGUCGCCUAUUAAGCUGCCACGUGUCGUAACCCCAAGCCUCCGAGCCGCGUCUCGAGGCGCAUCGAAUGUGACCGUUAGAGCGUCCGGCGACGAUGGCGGAAGCGGAAGCGGCGCGUCUUCGUCUACCCGCCGGUCCGCGGCUCGGCGGUCACGACAAUACUCUUCCUCCGUGCAAGAAGCGUCAGGAGGGCGACGCGGGAGUGCUUCUAACGCGGGAGUGGAAAUCGACACAGAGCUAAUAGGCAUCGGCGCGAUGCUAUUGGCUGUCGGCGCAGGAAUCUGGGGAGUUUCGCGGUUCUUAGCGCGCGGCGGGAUCGGCAGUAGCGGGGAUAGUGACGAGGAAGAGGAGGGUGCGGGUAGCAAGAGUUCGUCGUUUAGUGCGGGUGACGACAAGGAGAAGCAGCGCAAGUGGCGGCAGCAAUCGAUGGCGAAAGUGAAGGAGUUAGCGCAGCAGCUGCGGUCAUUCAGGACCGUCGAUCUCAGCGGCAAGAGUCUGGGCGACGAGGGCUUCAAGUACCUCGCGGAAUCUCUCGCCUUCAACAAUAGUGUGGAGAGUGUUGAUUUCUCCAAUAAUGGCAUUGGUCCUGAAGGAGUGAAGGCUCUCACAGAAGCUCUGGCGACCAACGCGUAUCUCAAGACGCUCAACCUCUCUGGAAACAUGAUUGGGGACGAGGGCGCUAAGGUGCUGGCGGGGAUCAUGGAGCAGAACCGCGGCGUGCAGACGCUGCAGCUGAGCAGCAACGGGAUUGGGGACGAGGGCAUGCGGGCGCUGGCGGAGAUGGUGAAGAAGAACGAAGCGAUCGUGUGCCUUGAGAUGAACAACAAUGGGAUUGAAUACGAGGGCUGUGCUGCUCUUGCCGAUGCUCUCACCAGCACCAAGUCCCUGCGCUCGCUGCACCUCAAUGGCAACUAUGCAGGCACACUGGGCGCGUCUGCCUUGGCCAAGGGCCUUCAAGAGAACAAGUCACUCAGGGAGUUGCACUUCAAUGGGAAUGGAGUAGGAGACGAGGGGGCGCGAGUGCUGGCAUCGGGAUUGCUGGCCCACAAGGGCAAGCUGGUGACCAUCGACCUCAGCAACAACAGCAUGGGGGCUAAGGGCGCGGCGCAUAUCGCGGAGGUUAUCAAGAAAAGCCGCAGCCUGCAGUGGUUGAACCUCUAUAUGAACGACUUUGGGGACAAGGGAGCGGAGAGAAUAGCAGAUGCUCUCAAGAGGAACAAGUCCAUCGCCACCAUUGACUUGGGCGGCAACAACAUCCAUGCCGAGGGCAUUGCGGCCAUCUGUGAUGCGCUAAAAGAGAACUCCACCAUCACUACUCUGGAGCUGGGGUAUAACCCCAUUGGCCCAGAGGGCGCCAAGGCACUGGCAGACACGGUCAAGUUCCAUGGGAAUGUGGAGACGCUGCGACUGGGUUGGUGCAAGAUCGGAGUGAAGGGAGCUGAGUACAUGGCUGAUUCGCUCAAAUACAACAGCACCAUCAAGACGCUUGACCUCAGGGCAAAUGCUCUGGGUGAUGAGGGGGCGGCCAUUUUGGCUUUAAGUCUCCGCGUGGUCAACGAGCAGCUCUCCUCGCUGGACCUGGGCUUUAAUGAAAUUCGCGACCGGGGGGCCUAUGCUCUGGCAGAGGCCCUCAAGGCGAAUGGGGAGGCGGCAGUGGAAACACUCAACCUUUCAAGCAACUACAUCACCAAAUACGGCCAGGUUGCUCUGAGCGAGGCCAAGGACCUGGUGAGUGAGAUGAAUGACGGCAAGGAGGUCAACAUCUACUGGUAA